UCUGGUUGCAGCGAUCCUCCCAGUUGCAUCCAGCGUCGCUGAGAACCACUUUGAAUGUGUUCUAAUCAGCGCAAAAAAAAAACAACACCACUUUUAAUUCCCAUCAAACAUGUGCUUCUGUUCGAGCCACUGCUGCGUCAAGGUUUCCCUGAACCUGCUCGUGAAUCUGCUCCGCCGCAUCAGCGAUGACAUAAUGGAGGCGAUCCACUGCCAAAGACCACCAACCGUUGACGACGUGACUUCCGAUGAUCGAUACCAGUGCCAACGGUAUGAGCCUGAUCAUCAGUUCGAAACGGUGCAACCAUGCAGUGGUAAUGAUCAACCAGAUGAUCGUCGUCGCCGUUGUCUGCAGCUGGAAAUGUCACUGCAAGAGGGUGCAGAUGCUGCAGAUGAGACGGAGUUGGGGGCAGACUGCGACGAGAAGGGCGUUGACCCGCCCAAGAGGUCUGCCAUCGCUACCCGGUUGUACUGUGUGAUCUAUGACACGGUGGAGCUGGAACCGUACUUUUACAACGUAGAUCGGGUGCAGUGCGAGCGGAUGCUUGAGGGAGGUCGGGAUGGAGUGUGCAUUGUGAGGCCGUUUAAGUUUAAGCACACUCACAUCCGGUAUAUCCUUUCGGUGCGAGCCACCGGCAAUUACUUUCACCUGUUCAUUCGGCGUGCCGGCCUAAACGGACUCCAGUACGCACUGGGGCUGCAAAAGCAACGGGAGCGCCUCUUUAGGUUCCCUGCCGAUAUCGUUCAGCAUUACCGCACCCAUCUGCUGGAAUGCGCCAACGAAACCGUCAAAAUCAGGCUCCAUUUGGUUCCACUUCAUAAUCGGCAUCGUCAUCAAGCGGGGCUGGACAACGUCGUUAAAGGUGAACCUGUUGGUCUAGAAAAGGGGGGUUUGUGA